AGUCGUCCCACCGUAGAGUCGCCAUGUCUUUCAUCCUCAUGAAGAAAAAGAAGUUUAAGUUCAAAAUAGACUUUGACUUGGAGGAGCUGUCGUCGGUUCCUUUCGUAAACGGAGUUUUAUUUUGUAAAGUGAGACUCUUGGACGGAGGCUUUGCACAGGAGUCGUCUCGAGAGCCUGUCCAAGCCAACUGUGUGCACUGGAAGAAAAGGUUUUCUUUCAUUUGUAAGAUGAGUGCCAACGCAGGGACGGGGGUGCUGGACCCCUGCAUGUGCCGAGUGUCGGUACGAAAGGAACUCAAAGGGGGAAAGUCUUUUGCAAAGCUUGGAUUUGCCAACUUGAACUUAUCAGAGUUUGCUGGGUCUGGCAGCACUGUGCGACGGUGUCUGCUAGAGGGAUAUGACACCAAGAACACCAGACAAGACAACUCCAUUCUAAAGGUUGUUAUUCACAUGCAGCUAAUGUCUGGAGACCCCUGCUUCAAAACUCCGCCGUCUACAGCCAUGACUCUGGGAAUCCCACCAGCAGAGGCAGAGGGUCUGCUUGAGGAUAGAAAAGGAGGAGACGUUCGCACAUCACAUUCAGGCGCUGGAACUCCAGUAAAGUCGAGAUCAGUCCCAGAUGAUCUGAUUGCAUUCACCCACUCCAGAACAUCCAGUUAUGCAAGUCAGCUCUCAAAAAUGUCAGGCUAUAGUUCAACCUAUUCAAGCUCCACAGAUCUGAGCCACAGGCGGAACGGUUCAGGAGGUUCUGCCUCCACAGGCAUCGGUAGCAUCGAGCCCGGUGAUCAGCAGGGGGAGAGAGGAGAGAAAGAAAACAGGACCACUCCCACUUCCACAGGCUCUCCAACCUGUUAUUUUGCAUGUGAAAAACUCUCCACGCCAAAUAGAGCUUACAGACCUCCAGUAAAACAGAACUCGGUGGAGAAUCAGCUAAAGCGAGUCGAUGCCACGCGGGUGGACGCCGAUGACAUAAUAGAGAAAAUCCUGCAGGGCCAGGAUUUCAGCCAUGGCUUCUUGGAUUCCAGUGCAGAGGAGGAGGGGCUCAGCUUGUUUGUUGGACCCGGUGGAAGCACAGCUUUGGGAAGCCAACACAUGAGGGUCGUAACCGGAGCCUUCGAACAGGUGGUCAUCAAGCAGUAGGCUUUAGCAGGCAUGCGUCUUAAACAAGAGGAACUACUUCUCCGGGGAAAAAGCAGCAUGGCCGAGCAAAGGAGGUGCCAACUGAACUUACUCCUAUCUGACAUCAGGAGAUUUUAUUUCUGUUAUGCAACAUUUCCCCACAUGACCUGUGCAGCAUCUGUUGGCCAUGAAAGCCCCCUGGUGUUCAAAAUGUGGAGCUGAAGGACAUUAGUGAAACUUUUUGUGCGCUGAUCACUUUCUUUCAUCUUCCGUAGAAGGACGUUUGGUUCAGACUCUCAGCAUUUAGCUCUUUGAAAUUUGGAACUCAAAUGUUUGUCUGCCCAUUCAGUGAUUUUUUUGUUUGUUUAUUUGUUUCAUUUUAAACAAAAUGUCACUCCCUCUGCACAGAGAGACCUGUAUGUAGCAUUAAGCAUUAUAUUUAGUAUUUAAAGCUUUAAAAAUUCUAACUGUCAGAGCUUUAUGCUGGAGUAACGUGCCAUUUAAUCUGUAAUGUUAAAAUGUUUAGAUUUUUGUCUUUGGUGGGAAUUGCAAAGUGGCAUUUCUUUUUUUUUUUUUUUUUUUUUUUUGUCAUGAUCAAAACUGACAGUAAGAUGCUUAUUCACCUUUGUUGCAAGAUAGCUAUUUUUAAGUAGCACAGCUUGGUAAAACUGAACACCUCUCACCUGGUUGUGAAGGAGGACGACAGCAGUUAAAAAUAACCAAAAGGUUCGUUCGUUCAGUUUGUUUUGUUGCAGAAGUAUAUCUGUUUAGUCUCUAAAGUUAUGUUUAAUAGUAUAUUUGUGUAAAGUAUUGAAAUGUGAUGUUUUAAAUGCAUCAGAGCCGAAUGUAAAGGUUGUAGAAAAAAAAGAGAGAAAUGAAAGUCAUGUCUGUUUUAUUCCAUGUUGUCUUAAUUUUACUGUAAGAUUUUUUAAAAGGAAAUGUAAAACUAUAUUGAA